AUGACCCACAGCCUGAAGAGCAGCAACAGGGUUUGCAGCAGCUGGACUGGGAGCAGCAGGGGACACAGCAGCUGGACUGGGAGCAGCAGGGUUUGCAGCAGCUGGACUGGGAGCAGCAGGGGACACAGCAGCUGGACUGGGAGCAGCAGGGCUUGCAGCAGCUGGACUGGGAGCAGCAGGGUUUGCAGCAGCUGGACUGGCAGCAGGAUGACCCACAGCCUGAAGAGCAACAGGGUUUGCAACAGCUGGACUGGGAGCAGCCACAGGAGCCACAGCCCCCCUUGGAGCCCCCACAAGAGCCACAACCCCCCUUGCCGCCCCCACAGGAGCCACAGCCCCCCUUGGAGCCCCCGCAGGAACCACAGCUGGAGCAGGAACAGGCUGGCACACAGCAGCACACGGGCUUGCAGCAGCAGACGGGGACACAGCAGCUGGAGCCACAGCCCCCACAGCCGGAGCCACAGCCCCCACAGCCGGAGCCGCAGCCCCCACAGCUGGAGCCACAGCCCCCGGAACAACCACAGCAGCCCAUGGUUCUGGCCCAGACGCCCAGGAGCCAUGUGGGAGGUGCCCACACUUUCCACGGAGAUACAGAAGCUUCUGGGUGGGCUGGAUUGGCGUUCCAGGAAGCCAGUGUGCAGGGGAGACGGGCAGAGGUGGCGAUGAGAAGGGGCCUCCUCUGCCUCUGAAGACACAGCCCCUCCCUGGUGAAGCCCCCCCAGCCCCCUGGGGCCCUUCCAGCUUGUUCAUGCCCGGGCUGUGGUCAUCAGCCCCUCGGGCUGGCGGGCAAGGCCGGCGAGGGGCGGGCAGGAGACCUGGGCUGCAGGCGGGAUGUGAUGGUGCCGGCGCAGGGACUGCAGGGGCCCUGACCUGGGUCCCAGCCGUGGGCUCCCGCGUUGGGAUCUCAGCGGACAGGCUGCUUCUCCUCCUGCCCAGCUUGUGCUCUCCCUCAAAUAAAUAAAUCUUUUUUAGCAAAAUAAAAAAUUUGUUUGGAGAAAAUUGGGCUGAUUUCGUUCCAGAUAGCCUUGCUCUGGGAGGCCCUUCCGCAGGAAAUCUGAAACAAGACCCCGUUCGCGUGACAGAGAAGGGUCCCGCAUGUCCCGACUCAGGCCGUGUAGACGCGCCGGGUGGACGGGGUUCUUGAAUCCGGCUGCUCCCGUCACCUCACCUGGAGGGGAGUGAGAUGUCACGUGAAGCCGUCCCUGUGCGGCGGGAGCCUCUCGGACGUGUGGCCAGCACGAGGACAAGCCCGGGGCACUGGACAUCGGGCAAGUCUUCACCUCAGCCCAGGGCGAUCCCCGCUUGGCUCGUGCGGUUUGAAGAGGACAGUCCGUCUGCACGUCCGGCUGCUCUGACCCUCCUCCCAGGCCAUGGAAGCACCACUGGUCCAGACCCCAAAGGGGCUCCCCACGGACAGUCCAGGGGCAGCUGG